CGUCGCCCGUAUUUUGGUAAGACACCAGGAAGUGCGAGAGCAGGCGACGAGCCGAAACUACGAGAGCUCCGAAGUUUCACCGACAAGUAUCUCACUGUUUAACCGUCGCGAUCAUCCGCGACGAUUCGACCGAGCGACCGUUGGAAAUCGCGAAGAGCCGCUUCAAGACGUCGAGCAUGGAGAAACACCUCUUCAAUUUGAAGUUCGCUGCCAAAAACCUCGAGAGAAACGCCAAGAAAUGUGACAAAGAGGAAAAGACGGAGAAGAACAAAGUCAAGAAAGCCAUCCAGAAGGGGAAUAUGGAAGUGGCGAGGAUCCAUGCAGAGAACGCCAUCAGACAGAAGAACCAGUCUGUGAACUACCUCCGGAUGAGCGCUCGGGUAGACGCGGUGGCAGCGAGGGUUCAAACUGCGUUGACGAUGAAUCAGGUCACAAAAUCUAUGGCUGGAGUGGUGAAAGGCAUGGAUAUGACUCUGAAGAGUAUGAAUUUGGAAAAGAUUUCAGCACUCAUGGACAAAUUUGAACACCAGUUUGAAACUCUGGACGUCCAGACAGCCCAGAUGGAGGACACCAUGAGCAGCACGACAACACUCACCACACCACAGAACCAAGUCGACUCGUUGCUGCAUGAAAUGGCCGAUGAAGCAGGAUUGGACCUGAACAUGGAGCUGCCUCAGGGACAGACCGGCUCAGUGGGGACCAGCGUGGCCUCUGCAGAACAGGAUGAACUCUCUCAAAGGCUCGCCAAACUCAGAGAUCAGAUAUAAAGGACGGCUGCGGGGGACUUCACUACCUGAUUGUUAUAUUAAACAAACACUUUUUAUCUACAUCGUGUCUUCUCUCCUCUUUGCAGCUCAUGUCUCUUAGUCACUGUAUCAUUGUUUUUUCUUUUUUGUUUCCUCCGAUGAUGGCCCUUAUGUUUUCUUUGUUCAUGAUAGCCUCAGCAAUUAGAGCUCACAGAACUGCAUUGACGUCAUUUUUAAAUACGUAUACUUAAGAGCUCCUUACAUUAAGAUAAUUUGGUUCGCAGCAGUAACUACCCUGUAAAUUAUUUAUAAGCCAAUUCUAUAUACUUGUGGUUUAUAAGCUUAAGCUGUUGGAUGAUGGGUUUCAGUUUUUGCAUAUAUGCAUUUUCUCUUCUUUCAUCAGCGAGUGAAAGACCUCCCCCUCCCUUACUGGUGAAUAGACAUCUUGUGUUGAUUUGUUGUAUUUUAUUUCUGACAGAUAUUUUAAGACUAUGCUGGAUGAUCAACUCGUGUGUUUGUCUGGUCAUCUUCAGUGUUUGAUUCAUUGUUUGGGUAGGGGUUGAAUUUGGAGAUUGCAUACAGUGAAUAAACAAUAAAAUUUUAUAAUACCUUAA